AUUCCACCGAGGGUUCGCCAAAAGUGAAAAAUUUGUUCCCCGGAGAUUGGAUGAGGAUUGCAAUAUUUGCGCCGCACAAUAGGCUCGUUUCCGCCGCCUUUUUGAAAAGACCGGUUCGCCUCUUUGAGAAGAUUGUUGUUAGACUUCGUCAUGGCUGAAAAAGGGAGGGAAAAUUUUGAUCGAUGCGGAUUGAGUUCAGUAGAGAGUGUUUUCGGCGGGAGAGAGAGGUGCAAAGAUAGGUUUUUUAACGGUAACAAAUUUUUAUUUAAGAAUGAGUCGGUGCUAAUUUUUGAAUUGCUAACGGUAAUAUUCUGAGGUCAAGGGUUCCACUUAAAACUCGCUUAUACUCUGCGCAUAUUUACUUUGAAACUUCAGCGAUAUUUCUUUAUCGAUGGAGAUUACUCAAACUUCCAAAAACCCUUUGAAGCCACCUGUACGCGUAAUUUCUUUCCUUCUCUCCUUUUACUCCCUUUCAAUUCGUAUAUUUUCAUGAAUUUUCAGCCAAUGAAAUUGUUAAAUAUUGCUAAGAUUGGAUGAAUAUAUACACGUUGAUUAUUCUACGCAGUGAUAUUACUAUUUCAGUGUAUAGGCAGUCAUUUACCCUUUUUGUCCAAAUUGAUUAGUAAAAAUUCCCGAAUUAUUUAUUUGCUUGAAGAUCAGUCUCAUUGGUGUUUUCAAUUUUUCUCCUUUUUAUUUUUUAUUUUUUUCAAUAAAAGAGGGUUUUUGGAGACUUUUUUUUGUUUUUUUCAAAUAUGAUAUCAAGAGUUGAUUCCUUCACCAGCAGAGUGUUGGUUUAUGCGAACUUUAUUCUUUUAUGAAAGUGUAAGAUCAUGCUGAUAAAGUCCUUUUAAGGUUUCAUUCAACUAGAAGCCAUAUAAAAUAGAUCAUAGUUAUUGUAAAUCUCACCUUUCUUAUUUAUAUUAUCUGUUUUGUAGACGGUGGAAGUUGAGACUUCCCGCGGAGUGGAGUUGCUACGCGACCUGUAAUGUUGCAACUGAGAGCACUGGUUGUAAUCUUUAAUGUUGUUCUCAUGAGUUGUGUGUAUGAAAUUUCUUAUGCAGAAUCUUUUGGGCUAAGAUAAUGGAUAGCUGCAGAAAUUUUAGUUAAUAAGAAAAGAACUAAAUCUGGUAAAAAACAAAGGUACAAGAAAAGAAGUAGAACUAAAUCUGAUGGCUCAGAAAGUCUUUCCGAUAUUAAUGAUUCUGAGGCAUAUGCUUUCUUGUUUCACAUGCAUUAUCGUUUAAACUCUAGCAACGGUUGUCACAAGUGUUUUUUUAUGAUGAUUGUUCGAUAUCUUAACAACAAAAAGGAGAUGCAUUUGAAAAGGAUGUUAUGCGAAGCCAUGAUUAAAGAACAUGAAAAGGUCAAGAAACAAAAUGCAGCAACUAAAACAAAGAAAACUACCUCUGCUGGGAAAGCUGUUAAAACCAUCGAGAAAUUGGAACAGCGGAAGAGAAGUUCGAGAAUCAAUUAUGAUGCUUUGAGACUCCUAAAUGAUGAUAUUGUAAGUUCGAGAAUCAAUGCUGAUACAAAUACUCGAUUCUUGGAGAAAUGACCCUUCACAGAAUGAAAACAUUACUACACCUAAAAAUGCAAAGAUUUGAAGAGGGCAAUUAUGAUGAAGAAUCUUCAUAAUGAAGAUCACUUGUAGCGACGGUGUUAUAUUCGGUCAUCAUAAUGCGAUGUCUUACGUGUAUGAUGAAUAUGACGAAAAUUUUGAUUUCGAGGAUUAGUUUGGAGAUAGCUGGAAAUCGUUGUUUUUGAACAAAGUCAAGUAGUUAAAUAAUUUUCGAGAUAGUAUUUAAUACAAUUGGUAAAUUCCGUUUGCUUA